GAUAUUUCUUAGAACUGAAUUCCUUUGCAAUUAUUUUUGAUGGGGAACCCUCGAGCGAUGUUUACCAGGAAUAUGCAGAUGAACUUGAAAUAUUUUUUAAAUCUCAAACUUCCCCACCGAUUUCAUGGAUUUCAGUUGAUAGUUCAAUGGACAGUGAAUCACUCGAAGAGAAAAUCCUCUCAAUUACUGAAUUAGGAUGUCAAGGAUUCAUCGUUGCAACGCCAAGAGUUGUGGACUUUAUUGCAUUAAAGUAUCAAGUUACUCAAAAGUCUCUUCAACGCCAUCGGGAUAAAUACUUUAUCUUUCUUAUUGAUGAUCAAAGUGGUAACACAACAGAAGAAAUUCUACAACAUAAAGCUUUGGAAAUUUAUCCAACACAUUUGAUUGUAAGAAAAUCUUCAAAUGGAGAGUACGACUUAAUAACACAAAAAUUUAGCAGCAAUUUUGAAAAUGAUAAGGAAAUCUUGGUGGAUGUUCUUCAAAAAGAUGGGACAUUCCUUUUUGAAAAAAGUCCAGACUUCUUUCCUGAUAAACUCAGAGAUUUGCAAGGUAAAGACCUUAGAAUGGCAACAUUAACGUACUUGCCAUACAUGACGAUCGAUAUUGUUGAACCUGGUGAAGGAAAUGCAGAUGAGCUAGAUCAAGAUCAUCAGAAAAGCGUCUUCAUUGACGGUUCUGAAGCUCUAAUGAUGUUUGAGUUCAGUCGCCUGAGAAAUUUUACUAUGAAAAUUAAAAGAUUCGAACCUGAUUUCUGGGGCACACUGUAUGAAAAUGGAUCAUCCGACGGGCUUCUUGGAAGUGUCUAUAAAAAAGAAGUGGACUUUGUUGUUGGUUGUGUAUCAAUGUGGUAUUAUAACGAAAUGGAUUUUUCAUUCACAAUUGCAAAAUCUGCUGUGAGACUUCUAGUUCCAGCUGCCCAAGUUCUCCCGGCGUCUCUUACACCAACUUUACCCUUCACUUGGGGUGUUUGGAUGGGUAUUCUGCUCGUAAUUCUUGUGAAUGUAAUUGUUUACUAUUUCAUGGAGUAUCACAUCCAGAAGACUUUGUCAAGAUCAAAGAAAUCAAUUGGAUCAGCGGCUUUGACUAUUGGAGCCAUAUACCUUCAACAAUCUGCCCCUGGGACACAUCAGAAGUCCUCAAUGCGAAUCCUUUUGGCUGUUCUCUUCCUUUCAAGUGUCAUUGUGGGAAAUUCCUAUAGCGGAGGACUAGCUAGUGUCCUGACAGUACCAAAAUACGAAGACUCAAUCGAUACUAACCAUGAGUUUGCAGAGAGCGGUAUUAAAUGGGGAGCCCCGUCGGAUGCUUGGCUCUAUUCACUAAUGGGAACAGAUCAACCUGAUUUCAAAACGAUGGUCAAGAAUUUCGAAGUUAAGAGUUACGAUGAAUUUCGUCGGGUGUCUCUAACUAGAACUUUUGCAUUAGGAAUAGAGAGAUUAAAUUCUGGUGAAUACGCAUUUGAGCCCUAUAUACAGGAAGACGCCUUGGAUAAUUUUGAUAUGACGAAAGAAGAUGUCUAUUUUGAAUGGACCAGCCCUAAUGCAGUUCGAGGAUGGCCAUUAAUGGACUACUUCAACAAACAUGUGCUGGAAGUUCUUCAGCAUGGACUUUGGGACUUUUGGGAACGGCGAAUUGUAGAAAAGUAUUUCAACGUAAAGGUUCAAAUUGGUCUGCACCUUCUUAGUACAGGAUACAAGGCAUCUCCAGGAAUUACUAAACUUAAAGUAGCCCAUAUUUCUGGUCCCAUCAUUCUUUGGGCAAUAGGACUCACUUUAGCUACUAUGGCGUUCAUUUUCGAAUUAAUGAUUGCGUUACUAAAACAGAAAGGUUUACGACAAUGAUCCACUGAAAUUGAUCUUAUCAGGAAGAUUACGAAAAACGAUGCCUAUUGGAUGUUUUCAAUCGCUUAAUAAUGAAGAUUAGUACAGCCCAGGGCUCUAGAUAAGAGUAAAUUGUGGAAAUUUUCUCAGAUUUGAAUUCCACCAGGUUUUGACAUGUAUGCACGUUUUAUUUGAUUUUCAAUAGUAGUUUUUGGAUAAAAAAAAUAGAUGACACCUUCCUCUUUCAAGCACUGCUUUAUAAGCAAAUAAAGUUGAAUUCAAAG